GGAGUGCAGAGAUGCUUCUGUCAUGCCUGAGAGGGCUCACAAGUUACUGAUGGCUUUGUCCACACAAAGGAAACAAUCAUUUGGUGAGACUGUCAGCAGAAGAACCAUGUGUCGGUCGGGCACCAGGAUGAUGGCCUCGCAGGAGCAGGUCUGGCCAGUCCCAAUGAAGGCAAUUGGAGCACAAAACCUUUUGACAAUGCCUGGAGGAGUGACCAAAUCAGGGUAUCUUCAUAAAAAAGGAGGCACCCAGCUGCAGAUUCUGAAGUGGCCAUUGAGAUUUGUGAUUAUCCAUGAGGGAUGUAUUUACUACUUUAAGAGCAGCACAUCUGCAUCUCCACAGGGAGCCUUUUCUUUGAAUGGUUACAACAGGGUUAUGCGGGCAGCUGAGGAGACAACAUCAAGCAAUGUGUUUCCUUUCAAGUUAGUUCACAUUAGCAAGAAGCACAGGACGUGGUUUUUCUCAGCUUCUUCUGAAGAUGAACGAAAGAAUUGGAUGCUGUCCUUGAGGAGGGAAAUUGAUCACUACCAUGAGAAGAAAGAAACAAUAACAGAAUUCAGUGACUCUGGCUCUGAUGCAGACAGUUUCUAUGGCUCAGUAGAACGUCCCAUUGACAUCAAGUAUUCUCAGCAUUCAGGAGAAAAUGAAGAUUAUGACCAGGAAGAAGAGGAUGAGUCUUACCUGCAGCCAGAUACCUCUGAUAUAGUGAAAGAUGAUAUGGUCCUGCCUCCAGCCUACCCACCUCCACCAGUUCCUCACAUCAGAAAAGUCCCUUACUCAGAAUCCAGGGCAAACUCCUUCACUGGCAAACCUUCUGUGCCGGUGGUGCCACCACCUCCUCCUAAAAGAAGCUUGCCUGAGAUCAAAGUGGAGGAUCCCUUACAUGCCCUGGAGCCACAGCUGCAGUGCCGAGCUGAGCCUCACCUAAAGACGCCAUCCCCCAGCCGGAGACCCAGUGAACAGCUGCCCCCUGUGCCUCCUCUCUUCAAAAAGCCUGCAUGCACCAAAGAAUCUUGCUCGUUGCCUCCAGGGCCUCUGCCUCUAGCUCAAGUCCUUCCUACUCCAGAAGGAUGCGAGAAGCUAAAAACCUUAAACCUUUCACCACGGACUCCUCCUCCAGUACCAAGCAAUAAACCCAAGCUGUCACAACUGACUGAAAAAACAGUAGAGCCCAGAGUGCCAAGAGAACCUGGUAAACCUGGACUGUUUGUGCCACCAGUGCUCCCAAAACCACCUGUGCCAAGCCACCAGCCUCCUGCAAUCAAAAUCAGACCAGAGAGGUCAUAUCCUCAGUUACAGAGAUCACCACCAGAUGGACAGAGUUUUAGAAGCUUCUCAUUUGAGAAACCAGCACUACCCUCCAAGCCAAAACAACCUGAUGAUGAUUCUGAUGACGAGUAUGAAAAAGUUGGACUGCCUGCUUCAAUAUUCCUUAACACCUCUGAAUCCUUUGAAGUUGAAAGGACAUUUAAAGCUAAUAGCCCUCGGGGACAACCACAGAAUGGCUUGUACUGCAUUAGGAACUCAUCUACUAAGUCGGGAAAGGUAUUGGUUGUAUGGGAUGAAACUGCAGAAAAAGUGAGGAACUACAGGAUCUUUGAAAAGGACUGCAAGUUUUACCUGGAUUCAGAUGUUAUGUUUUUGAACAUGGGAAGUUUGGUUGAAUACUACAGCACUCGUGUCUUACCUGGUCAUGACAGUCUGAUGCUUCGGUGUCCUUAUGGCUACUCCACACCGAGGUGACGUGACUGGUGUAAUGCACUGGCUUAGAACAAAUGGGUUCCCUCAUGCCCUUGGAUUCAGCCUGGGCUCUUCCCGUUGUUGGAGAUCCUCCUGUUUGCACGCAGAAACUGAGUCUGUUUUGGUCAUUUCUUCUGAUGAGACUUGUGUGGAAAGUCCAUUGAGUGAAUGCUUGGUAGGACCUUACAAUCCACGCUGGUGGAUUUGAUGGUCUUUUCUUUUUAAAAGAUCUGAACUGAUGAUGCUGUGAAAGCUGUCCAUGAGACCUCCACCUUCCUUAAAACUGCUGCUAUUACCUUCUUGGAAUGUGGAAGACAGACACGAACUAAGAGGUGACCUGAAAACAACCAGUACAGAAAAGGCAAACUUGUGACAGUGUCUCAGCAUUCACUUGUGACAGGGAAUACUAAAACUGACUUGAAGGCACUACUCCUGAAGUCAGCACUGGUGCUCAGCUAAGAGGUUUUGUAUCACUUGCAUGGUUGACAUAUAAAUCAUGAAGACUUUGUGCAAAUACUUUGGUUUAUUAUAGGUAAAGAGGAUCAUAAAACAUGCCUUUUGAGUAAGCUCAGGCGUAAAGAUGACUUGUGACUGCAGUGUCUGCAGUAGCCAGUCCCAGAGUCCUAUCAGCUGAUGUGUUUAUGGCAUCUGACAUCACUUCAUAUUGUUCACUUCAGAUAGACUUUGAACAAUAGAGAUUUGGCUUUCGUGGGAGCCCCACUGGAGGGAUUGGAGCCACUUGUAUUUGUCAUGGGCAUUGAUUGAUUGUGUGAUUCUAAGAUGAAGAGGGAAAGGAGGGAGUCUUUUAAAUACCCCCAGUUCUGCCUAGCAGUUUUCUCUUGCGUUGCUGCGAUCAAAGGUUCUUUAAAACAAAAUAUAAGCAAAGCCCUGAAACUGUGAGCAUGGUGCUGCCAUCACCCCAAGAAUUUCUCUGGUCACUCUCCUAGGAUCAAGCUGUCAGCUCAUCACAUCUGUUCCAGGGCAGGACACCUGCCCUAGUCUGCUUGUUUAGAUAAUCAGGAAUUUGUCCAUUAUUUAAAUAGCUCCUCAGUUGGUAGCUGCAUGCAAAUUAAAUCUGGUUUUAGCAUCCUGUCAGCACUGUUCAUGAUGAGCAUUAGCAUGGUGCUGGUAACAUUCAUACCUUAUUAUUUUGAGGACAGAUAUCCUAAAAUCAAGGGCUUGAUAUUCUUGCCAAAAUGAAUAAAGAAGAGAAACCUAUUUUAAUGAUCCCUUAAGUAACAUGGUUGAUUCAAAAGUACUGUUAAAAUGGUCUCAUACUCUAAUAACGUUUACAUGACUUUUAAUAACUAAAAUAAUGUUGUCACUGCUGGAAGCAGGAGAAGGUAUCUAGUUUCUGUCAGUCUGAAUCUGUAUCCACAAACUUCACAUUUUUCCUGUACCUUUUCCAAGUUCAUACAUGGCAGUUUUAAUCUUGUUGCAGUUAGACAGAUGCAACUUAAAAAACUUAAAGCUAUUUUAGAAGAAGAACUUUUCUGUUUCUGGAAAUAAUAAACCAAUAUAUGAUCCCUAAGGGAUUUUCCUUAAUAAAGAGAUGUGAUAUUAGGACCAUACAUAGGAGCUGAAGUAAUAAACUGCUGCUGUCCUUGGCAAGAGGCACAGCCAUGUACAAUAUUAGCCUUUUAAUCUCUGUUCCUGCUGCAAUAGAUUUUGUAGAAUCCUGGAAUGGUUUUGUCUGGAAAGGACCAAUUCCCAAUGCUUCUGCCGUGGGCAGGGACACCUCCUGCUAGACCACCUUGCACAAGGCCCCAUCUAACCUGCCUUUGAACACUGCCAGGCUUGAAGCCUCCACAGCUUCUCUGGGCAACCUGUUCCAGUGCCUCACCAUCCUCAUGGGGGAGAAUUUCUUUCCCAGGUCUAAUCUAAUUUAUGUGCAUAAAGAAUAUGCAGUACCUGAAUUUCAGAUUCUUUUGAGUAUUGGAUGUUUUCUCAUUCCUUUGGUUUUAAAUCACUCUCCCUCUGGUUCACUACCCUGAUCUGAUCCACUCUGUAAAGAUGGCCAACAAAGCACUUAAGAGAUAUUCAGGCAUAUAGAUAGAUCAGAGCAAGUUCUAGUUUCUGGCAGUGUUUACACAGUGUUUACAAAGUGGAUUUUCCUCUAGGAGUAGUUGAUUCCAUGUGCCAUGAGCAUCUUUCUCAGUAUCUGACAAUAUGCUCACCUUUGGGGCUCUUCUUAAGUAUUCAAUUUUACUUUUGCAACCAUAAGCUCUUCAAAUUUUUCAACUACAAAUCCUUCUGUAACCCAGUAGAUGUAAAAGAGAACACUGUCUUUGCAAAUCUGUACCUUUUCAUGGUAACUGCCUUUUUAUAUAUAAAAAUGUCUAUAUUUCUGAAGUGGAUAAACUUUCAAUGCCUGUUCACUGAA